AAUAGUGUGAAAGGGUUGAGCAACAACUCAUCGUCCCUUUCUUUCCCGUAGGAAGAAGAAAAAAUUGGCCAAAGAAAGAGGGAAACGAGAAGCAAGAGGAAAGAUACGCAAAAGCAAACCCCGAGGAUAAGAAAAAUCGACGGGGGAAGAUGGCGACGAAGGCGCCUGAAAACGAGAAGAUACAGAUCGACGUGAGGCCAGGCGGAAUCGCGUGGGUGAAGAUCAACCGUCCGGAAUCGCUCAACUCCCUCACGCGGCAGAUGAUCAUCGACCUCGCCAGGGGGUUCCGGUCGCUCGACGCCGACGAUUCCGUCAAGGUGAUCGUCAUCCACGGCGCCGGGAGGGCCUUCUGCUCUGGCGUCGAUCUCACCGCCGCGGAGGACGUCUUCAAGGGAGACGUCAGGGACGUGGAUACGGACACGGUCUUCCAGAUGGACAGGUGCCGGAAACCGAUCAUCGGAGCCGUCAACGGCUUCGCCGUCACUGCCGGCUUCGAGAUCUGCCUCGCCUGCGACAUCCUCGUCGCCGGAAGGGACGCGAAGUUCGUCGACACUCACUCGAGGUUUGGUAUAUUCCCAUCAUGGGGCCUUUCUCAGAAGCUAGCGAGGGUCAUCGGGCCGAACAGGGCGCGGGAAGUGUCACUCUCAAGUAUGGUGGUGACGGCCGAGGUGGCGGAGAGGUGGGGUCUUGUGAAUCACGUGGUGGAACCCUCAGAUGUGCUGAAGAAGGCCCAAGAAAUCGCGGAGAGGAUUGUGAAGAACAACCAUGACUUGGUUCUGAGAUACAAGGCCGUUAUCAACGACGGGUUGAAGGUGUCUCUUGGGGAUGCACUUGCUUUAGAGAAGGAGAAAGCACACAUAUUUUAUGAUGGGAUGACAAGGGAGCAAUUUGAGCAGAUGAAGAAAUUCAUAGCUGGACGAAGCUCCAAACCUAGUUCUAAAAUGUGAAAGGGGUUUCUCCUUUGUCUUUGAGACCCCAUUAGCUAAGUGAUUUAAUGUCACAAGAUCUCUAGCUAAGUAUCUGAUCUGUGAAUCUUGGAGAAAAUAACAGGAAACCCUUGUAAUCAUUUGGUUAAUAACGUCGUCAUCACUCGCAGGCAGUCUGAUUCAUAAAUCACUUGCUACAGUUUUCGUAUUAUUUUUGUUUCAUCUUUCAUUGUUAAA